UCUGCAUCUCCGCUGGGGAGGUUCACCCCUCUAGUGCCUCCGGUGACCAUUGUCUCCGGCGGAGAAAGCGCGGGAACAUCACAGACGACCCUCUUAGUGGUCAGAUACAAGGACCGGCUCCACUUCCAUAUGGAUUAUCAAAAAAAAAACUCAAAACGGACUUUGGUCUUCUUCAGCAUCUUAUUACUGGGAAGUAUCUCCUACUUUGCAUUUGCCUAUUUUCAGAUGGAAAGACAAUCAGCCAAAAUAAAUGUUGAAAUAAAAUACAAGCCAAUGGCAGCGUCACACACCGUGACAAAUCACUCAGGGAAGUCAAGCCAAUUGGCUGUGCCAAAGUGUCCGAGGCCACCUCAGGCACUGGGGACCUCCGAUGAGCCUCUGCUGACCAUCUUACUUUGGACGUGGCCAUUAGGAUACCAGUUUCCUCUAAAUAGAUGUCCAAACUCUGAAAGCUCCGGCUGUUUCUACACUGUGAACCGCAGCGCGUACUCUAUGGCAGACGCUGUUGUCAUCAGUCAUAGGGAUGUACAAAAGUCAGAAGAGCUUUUACCUCCAGCACUGAGGCCACCUCACCAAUACUGGAUCUGGUUUAACAUGGAGUCUCCAACCAACACCCCAAAUUUAGCCUUCAUGGAAAACAAAAUUAACCUCACAAUGUCUUACCGUCUCGAUUCAGACAUUUAUACUCCAAUGGGAUGGCUAGAAAAAGUCGAUGGAAAAGAAAAUUUUACUAUCCCCAAAAAGUCAAAGCUGGUGGCAUGGACAGUAAGCAACUGGAAGCCGAAGUACAGACGAACCAAAUAUUACGAGGAGUUAAAGAAAUACAUUCCAGUGGACGUCUAUGGAAAAUAUGGUUUGCCACUGCCACAAAAUGAGACAUUGCAAACUCUGGCCACGUAUAAGUUCUACCUCGCCUUCGAGAAUUCCAUACAUGAGGAUUACAUCACGGAGAAGUUCUGGAGAAGUUCACUAAUAGCGGGAACUGUGCCCAUCGUCAUGGGUCCUCCACGUAAGAACUACGAGCGCUUCGUUCCACCCGACGCUUUCAUUCACGUUGAUGACUUUUCGUCUCCCCAGGAACUGGCUGAACAUCUUCUGAGUCUGGAUAAAGAUGAGGAAAGAUACCGACAGUAUUUUAACUGGAGGGCCAAAUAUCAGCCGACAAGAUUUCCUACCAAUUUUCAGUCAGCGUACUGCCAAAUAUGCAAAGUAUUGAAAAGGACUCCUCCUUAUAGGACCAUACCGAGCAUUGCUGAAUGGUUCAAGUGA